UGUAAAACGCAUGAAAAGCCUCCCCAAAUUCCCGGUGACUUCAGAUUCAAGGAGGUGGUCAUAUCCAUCGGAGCACCAUUCAUACUCUAGAACUUUCACUUCUAGUAGGACUGCGGCUUCAGACAAAAUCCCAUUGCUGCCUGCGCGCGCUCUUAACAUGAACUCAAAUGGAUUAAAACGUAUGACAUAAACCUGUUUCUGUAAGUAACCUAUAGGUAAGCUUUACAUUUUCAAUUUUAGGAGAAUAUGCGAAAGCUGUGAAUUGGUUUAAGAUUUUGAAUACAUCCUGCGUAAUGCUUACCUGGACAUUAUGAAGAGACAUCAAAGCAUUUUGCAUGCUUGGGAAAAGAUACAGUAUUGCUGAAACUUUCUGUUCGCCUCCAUUCAACCACUCGAUAUUGCUUGUGGCUAUCGACACAACUGAAUCUUGAGUGACCAGCCUACACGUAGCAGCAAUUCCAUUUUUGACACAAAUAUGGACCGUUUAUGGAUUGCAGUUUUAGUGGUUCUAACCAUUGCACUAGUACGAAUGUGUGACUGCCAGAAGGACUCAACAGGUGGUAGACAGGAGAUGUGGGAGCAGCUCCGGGAGCUAGCGAGGAGCCAACGUCACUCCGCAGUGGGAGCUAAGGACGCUGUCCCCGACACACCAUCCAGAGAAAGCUUGCUCAACUUCUCUCAUAAUGUCUCGCACUCCGGUCGCCGGGCUCCGGUGAGCUCAUCAUCUCAACGAGAUAACAGGUACGCGACGGCAAUUAAACCACUUCCAGCUCCCAGUACGGAAGCUUCCCUCCGGGCGGAUGAUGCCACGGUCCCACGAGAUGCUGCGCGUAGGACCGCGACACAGCUCGGCACCCAUCACUCAUCACAGCAAAGACCCCGAAUCAGUUCCAGACAGAGCAACAAACCCAGCUCAACGCAUACCAGGCGCCUUGCAGGGCCUAAUGUAUGUGGAGGUCACCAGUGCUGCUCUGGAUGGGCUGUGGCUUCUGGCACCAACCGCUGCAUAAAGCCCGACUGCCAGCCCCCCUGCCAUAACCGCGGCUCCUGCAGUAGGCCCCACACAUGUGUGUGCCGCUCGGGGUUCCAGGGGGCCCGCUGCGAGGAGGCAGCACCAGAGCAGGUGUACAUCCACACCGGAGGGUCCCUGAGGCGCAUCCAGCCAGGCACUAACCCCUUCCAGAGAGAGCAGCCCAGGAGGAGACCUACAGAGAGGCAGGCCAUAGACAACCCCAGCCCCAGGGCCCAGACAAUCAGACCUGAUACCACCAGACAGCCUCUUCAACCUGUGACCCAGGUGAGGCGAGGACCAGCCGACUCAUCGUCUCCUCAGCAGACUGGGACGUCUCGCACCGUCAAGCGAUACCCAUCGUCCACUGGCCCCAUCACAUCCAACGCUCUGCCUAAUGGGAACGGACAUGACAUUGGGAACGCCAAUGGACACUCAAGUAACGGCCACAGACCCACCACCAAUGGCCACGCCAACAAUGCAGUGGCGCCAGCAGGGGCCAACCUCACUUCCAGCCUUGACCGCAUCAAGAUUGUCUUCACCCCCAUGGUGUGUCGGAGGGUGUGCAGCGGCGGCCGCUGCUACAACAGCUGUGAGAAGGGUGACACCACCACCGUCUACAGUGAGAACCAGCAGCAGCAUCAGCCGGCAAAGACCCAGGGCUUCAGACUCUUCUUCUGUCAGAUCCCCUGUCUGAACGGCGGGCGCUGCAUUGGCAGGGACCAGUGCUGGUGCCCAACAAACUCCACGGGGAAGUUCUGCCACCUCCCAGCCCCCCCUCCUGCCCGACCCACCCUCAGCAGGAAGGACGGCAGCCUGGCCGGACACAACUCGUCCUCCCACUCCAUGUACACCCUGCCGCUGUCCAAUCAACAAGCCUCUCUACACCCAUCCAUGGUGAAUGUCCACAUCCAGCACCCCCACGAGGCUGAGGUGCAGAUCCACCAAGUUGCCCGGGUCAAGCCUGGCCAGAGACCCCCCGCGGCUGAGGGGGCUCACUCUGUACAGCAGCGCUCCCAACCUGGCAAUGGCAUCGGUAAUGGGCAUGGGCACACCAGACCACACAACCGGCAGAACGGAUACGUGGGGAGGUGCUUCCAAGAGACCGUUGAUGGACAGUGUGGGAAGCCUCUUCCGGGCCUGACCAAACAGGAUGACUGCUGUGGAAGUGUGGGUGCCUCAUGGGGCCUGAACAAGUGCACAGAGUGUCCAACCAAACCAGCGUAUGCAGUGAUUGCGAACGGACAAGUGGAAUGCCCUAAGGGUUACAAAAGGAUGAACAUGACUCAUUGUCAAGACAUCAACGAGUGUCUGAUGAACGGGAUCUGUAAGAACGCUGAGUGUCUGAAUACCAGAGGAAGCUACAGAUGCACCUGUAAACCAGGCUACAUGCUGGACCCUGCCAGGAGCCACUGUGUCUCGGACAAGGCUGUGUCAGACCAGAGGGGGAUGUGUUACCGCUCAGCGUCAGCGGGGAUCUGCUCUCUGCCUCUCGCUCAGCACAUCACCAAACAGAUCUGCUGCUGCAGCCGUGUGGGCAAGGCCUGGGGCACGGCCUGCGAGAGGUGCCCCCUGCCAGACACAGACCAUUUCAAGGAGAUCUGUCCCGCUGGCCACGGCUACACAUACUCGCGCUCCGACGUGCAGAUCUCCCUGAGACAGCUGGAGGAAGAGGAGCUGAGGAGGACUGGCAUUUCCUGGGAGGCCCAAAACCCUAGCCACCCCCAACUGCCCCAGCAGCCAGCUCAGCCCCCGCAGCAGCUGCCCCACGUCCCACAGAUCCCACAGUACCCCUACCACCGCCAACCACAGCAUACACAACACCCCCACCAACCACAACACCCACAGGAGAUACCCCACCACCCCCAGACCCCACAGUACCCUCAUCAAUCACACAAACCCCACCAUCCACAGCACCCCCAAGAGCUCCCCCAGAUCCCCCAGUAUCCUCACACCCCCCAACAACCACAACACCCUCUCCAUCCAGACCCAGACACCCAGAAUCCAGUUUGGGAGACCCCCAGCCAGCCUCAAGAUGUGGAAAUGUUGAACCCGCGUCCUACUGCGACUGACUCCCCACUGAAGUACCCAGAUGUGGUAGAGAAAGUGACUCCUGACUCUCCCAUCAACCUGGGGCCUGAAUCUGAGGGCAAGGACACAGCCUCCAUCAAUGUGGCCACUCAGGUCACAGAUAUUGACAAGUGCUCCAUCACUCCAACCAUAUGUGGCCAUGGGCUGUGCGUGCCAGUGCAGACAGGCUACACCUGCUACUGUGACCCCGGCUACAAGCUGAGCGCGCUCCAGACCAACUGCAUCGAUGUGAAUGAGUGUGAGGGGGACCCUUGUGGAGGAAAGGGCCGUUGUGUGAACACCUUUGGCUCCUACACCUGCCAAUGCUACAGCGGCUACAGCCAGGUCAUCACCCAGAACAGGAAGUUCUGCCAGGAUAUAAAUGAGUGUGACAUGGCCAACAAAUGCCAGGAUGGUGACUGUGUCAACACGGAGGGAUCUUACACCUGUGAAUGCAAGAGUGGCUACGCCAAGUCCUGGAAAGGGCCGUGUGAAGACGUAGAUGAGUGCCAGGGCCCCAGUCCGUGCCCCAGUGGAAGGUGUGUCAACACCCCAGGCUCCUUCCAGUGCCAGGCCUGUGGCCCCGGGUUCAGGGCUGCCAGCGGGAGAUGUCUGGAUGUCAACGAGUGUUUGGACCAAUCAGCGUGCGCCCACGGUAGGUGUGUCAACUCCGAGGGCUCCUACAGCUGCAGCUGUUCCCAAGGAUACCAGGCUUCUCUGGACAACAGCAGUUGCCAAGAUGUGGAUGAGUGUCUGCUCCCUGGAGCCUGCCUCCAUGGCAGGUGUGUCAAUCUGGAUGGCUCCCACAGGUGCAGCUGUAACCCUGGUUACCAAAGCGCUCCUGACGGCAGGGCCUGUGAAGAUGUUGACGAAUGUGCUACACCUGUGUGCCCCGCGGGAAUUUGCACCAAUUCCGAAGGUUCCUACUCAUGCAAGAACUGCCGACCUGGAUUCCAGCGAUCAGCGGAUGGACAGAGAUGUGAAGAUGUGGAUGAGUGCUCCAAGGCAGACGUGUGUCUGGGAGGGGUGUGUGCCAACACAGAGGGCUCCUUCACCUGCACCCACUGUAAAGACGGCUACAGGGUGUCCCAGGACAGGCAGAGGUGUGAGGAUAUUGAUGAGUGCCUGUCUGGGUCUGUGUGUGCUAAUGGGAUCUGUCUGAACUCUGAGGGCUCCUUCUCCUGCAUCACCUGUCCCUCAGGCUACAGCGUCUCCCUAGACGGAGAGCUGUGUGAAGAUAUUGAUGAGUGUGAGCUGCCCACUACGUGCCCCAGGGGAACAUGCACCAACACUGAGGGUUCCUUCACCUGCACCACCUGUGGGUCAGGCUAUAGAGUGACUGAGGAUGGGCUGGAGUGUGAUGAUGUGGACGAGUGCUUGGUGGCUAACGUGUGCCCAGGCCAGCUGUGUCGGAACAGUCCUGGAUCCUUCUCCUGCAGCAGCUGUGGGACUGGCUUUACCCUGUCUGAGGAUGGCUCCCACUGCCAGGACAUAAAUGAGUGCCUGUCCCCAGGGGUCUGUCCCAUGGGCGUUUGCAGCAACACAGAGGGCUCCUACUCCUGUAUGACCUGUGACCUUGGCUUCACGCUGGCGCCCAAUGGGCUCACCUGUGAAGACAUCAACGAGUGUGAGGACCACGGUCUGUGUCUGGCAGGACAGUGUACCAACAACCCUGGUUCAUACAGCUGCUCCUGUCCAUCGGGCCUGGAGAUGGUGGACGGGACAUCUUGCAGAGAUGUGGAUGAGUGUCAGUCUGGGGGGAUCUGUGGAGAUGGGGACUGUCUAAACACAGAGGGUUCCUACCUCUGCAUCUGCCCUGAUGGAUACACCACAGGCAUCACAGAUGGAAUUGGCUGCCAAGAUGUUGAUGAGUGCAGCAAGGAUGGGGUGUGCUCCCAUGGCCAGUGUCUAAACAUGGGUGGCUCCUACAUCUGCCUUUGUGAGACUGGCUUCAAGUACUCUGUAGACACAGCCGACUGUGAGGAUCAGAAUGAGUGUAAGGAGUUUGGUAGCUCAGUAUGUGGCACCUGGCGCUGUGAGAACACCAUUGGCUCAUACCGAUGCUUCAUGGGCUGCCAGCCUGGCCUGUAUGGACAGGACAACCCAGACUGUGAUAUUGAUGAGUGUGUGAAUGAGACCAUCUGUGGGGACCAUGGCUUCUGUGAGAACACAGAUGGCUCCUACCGUUGUCAGUGUGACCAGGGCUACAGCAACCCCCCUGGUGAUGCUGGGGCCCAUAGCUGUGUGGACGUGAACGAGUGUGAGAUGAGCACGGCGCUGUGUGGAGAGGCCCUGUGUGAGAAUGUGGAUGGCAGCUUCCUGUGCAUCUGCCCCAGCGACAAUGAGGAAUUUGAUCCCAUCACCAGCCAGUGCCGCCCGCAGGGUGAAGAUGCUCCUCCUAAGCCAGCCUCACCCACUGAGGAACAGAGGAAGGAGUGUUACUACAACCUGAACGAUGCUAACUUCUGUGACAACGUGCUGUCUCGCAACACCACCAAGCAGGAAUGCUGCUGCACGGUGGGGGCCGGCUGGGGGGACGACUGUGAGAUCCACCCCUGCCCAGUCCCAGGGAGAGAGGAGUAUGACCAGUUGUGUCCACAUGGUAGUGGUCUUCUGCCCCAAGCUGUUUUCUCCCACAGCCUGGAACAGCAGAGUUUCAAAGAUGUGGACGAGUGUAAGAUGUUUGGGCCAGAUAUCUGUAAGAAUGGCCGUUGCUCUAACAACUUCUCCUCGUACUCCUGCUUCUGCCGUACAGGCUUCUACUACGACAACAUCCGGCUGGAGUGUGUGGAUUAUGACGAGUGCCUGACAGAGAAGGAGUGUGUGGAUGGGGUGUGUGUGAACACUGCCGGCUCUUUCGACUGUUUCUGCAGUCCCCCUCUGGUCCUGGACACCACCCGCCGUCGCUGCGUCAGCGUCAACAACACCGAGGAGACUCAUGAGCCUGAGGAGGACAUCCACCUGGACAUCUGCUGGCAGGGCCUGGUAGAUGAGCGUAUGUGUGCCCAGCCCCUCAUCGGCAGGAGGACCACCUACACAGAGUGCUGCUGUCUCUAUGGAGUGGCCUGGAGCGAACAGUGUGCCUUUUGCCCCAUGAGGGACUCUGAUGACUACGCAGCAGUGUGUAACCUGCCAAGGAGAGGGGGGUCUGACAGUCUACGAGAGAGGCCAGGCUAUGAGUACGGUCCUGGGGUUGAAGGUCCUGAUGGGCCCUAUGUCCCCCCCUACUGGGACAACUAUGGAGGAGGGCCCAUCACUGGGCCUGGGGGUACCUACUACAACCCAGAGGACACCCAGGGCAUCCCCCUGUUCACAGACAACACCAACGACUAUGGCUCCCGAGAGGGAGACAUAGAGACGCCACUACGUGUCCCUGUCCACCGGCCAAGAGAGUUCCAGCCUCGCCCUGUAGACUCAUAUAAUGACCGCUUUGAUGGCUUCGAGGGCCUGCGAGCAGAGGAGUGUGGCAUCCUGAACGGCUGUGAGAAUGGCCGGUGUGUCCGCGUGAGGGAAGGUUACACCUGUGACUGCUUUGAUGGAUACGAGCUUGACCUCACCAAAAUGGCCUGCAUCGACAUAAACGAGUGUGAGGAUAUCAGUGACAACGUGGCGCUGUGUAAGAACGGGGCCUGUACCAACACCGAGGGGUCGUACAAGUGCACCUGCCUGCCUGGCUUCCAGGCCUCUGCCAAGCCCCAUGAAUGCAUCCCAGAGGUCCCAGUAGCUGGCUUUAGAGAGAGAGUGGCAGGGAAAUGAGGGUGUGCAUGUUGGAGCUUUUUCUCUCCUCCCUCCACCAGCCCACACCCUUACCCUCACCCCCCCGCCCUCUCACAGGGCCUGGCACUAAACCUCCAUCAAAAAACACUGAAACGUCCACGCUUGUCCCCUAAACACACACACACCAACACACAUACACACAUACUCUUAUUGACUCUUUCAUAUUUUCUCUCUCUCUACCACACAAAUACUCAUUCACAUUUCCACAGGGGACCAGGAGCUAUCCAGUGAAUGUAUUCCAUGGGAUAUCCUAUUUCUUAACAUUUAUAUUUUGCCUAAAGGGAUUUUCUGAGGAGUGACCUUUUAUUCAGUGAUCCCAGGCAGUUUGGUAUGCAUACAUACAUUUUUUCUGCAUUGUUUUUCUCUAUGUGUCUUUUUGGUUGAUUAUUUAUUUCAUGUACAUGACAAGGCUCUGUAAAGUAAGAGGGCAUAGGAUGUAUAUUGUCUUAUUUGUCAGACCAAUAUACUUUACUAACGAUGAGGGGAAACAGUGUGAAUAGUUUUUUAAGUUUGGUAACUAAGCCUGGAGGAAGCUUAUUGUCGUAAGCAUGCCACAUGUUAUAUUCAUAUUAUAACAUAAUAAUCACAUUGCUAUACAGGGAAAGUUACUUUCAAACCACUUUUUACUAGUAUUUGGGAUGCUUCUGUUGUCAGCAAGGCCUUUAAAAGGACCAACCACCCCUUCCACUGGUCUUCUGUGUUUCUUAUAACAGUGCAAUCCUACAGUCCUCAUCCUCGAGACAAAGAGGCUCCUCUGUUGGCAAGGUUGUCUCAAGAGCAAUAACUACGAUCAAACAAGGUCCAGACCAGAUUCAUAUGCUAUCACAAUGUUGCUUUGACCUGCUGCCAGUACAAAGAGAGAGAGAGAGAGAGAGAGAGAGAGAGAGAGAGAGAGAGAGAGAGAGAGAGAGAGCGAGAGAGCGAGAGAGAGAGAGAGAGGGAGAGAGAGAGAGAGAGAGAGAGAGAGAGAGAGAGAGAGAUAUAUAUAAUUGAAUAUGGGCUUGGAAAGGCUAUAAAUGUGCAGUACCAGUCAAAAGUUUGGACCUACCUACUCAUUCCAGGGUUUUCCUUUAUUUUUACUAUUUUCUACAUUGUAGAAUAAUAGUGAAUACAUCAAACCUAUGAAAUAACACAUGGAAUCAUGUAGUAACCAAAAAAAGUGUUAAUAGAUUCUUCAAAGUUGCCACCCUUUGCCUUGAUGACAGCUUUGCACACUCUUGGCAUUCUCUCAACCUGCUUCAUGAGGUAGUCACCUGGAAUGCAUUUCAAUUAACAGGUAUGCCUUGUUAAAUGUUAAAUUGUGCAAUUUAUUUCCUUCUUAAUGCGUUUUGAGCCAGUCAGUUGUGUUGUUACAAGGUAGGGGUGGACACAUCUCAACAUCAACUGUUCAGACUCUCUGAAGUCAUUAAAGAUCCCAUGGCACUUAUCGUAAGGGUAGGGGUGUUAACCCCGGUGUCCUGGCUAAAUUCCCAAUCUGGCCCUCAAACCAUCAUGGCCACCUAAUCAUCCCCAGCUUACAGUUGGCUCAUUCAUCCCCCUCUUCUCCCCUGUAACUAUUCCCCAGGUCGUUGCUGUAAAUGAGAAUGUGUUCUCAGUCAACUUACCUGGUAAAAUAACAGUAAAAUAAAUAAAAAGAGGACACUGCGUGAAUCAGGCCUUCAUGGUCAAAUUGCUACUAAAGGACACCAAUAACAAGAAGAGACUUGCUUGGGCCAAGAAACACAAGCAAUGGACAUUAGACCAGUGGAAAUCUGUCCUUUGGCCCAAUAAGUCCAAAGUUGAGAUUUUUGGUUCCAACCGCCGAGUCUUUGUGAGGUGCUGAGUAGGUGAACGGAUGAUCGCCACAUGUGUAAAAAAAAAUACAGUAGAAAUACAUUACUGUACUUAUAGAUUUCUUAAUUCCAUUAUUUUACUUUUAGAUUUGUGUGUAUUGUUGUGAAUUGUUAGAUACUACUGCACUGUUGGAGCUCGGAACACAAGCAUUUCACUACACCCGCAACAACAUCUGCUAAAUAUGUGUAUGCGACCAAUAAAAUUUGAUUUGAUUUAGUUCCCACCGUGAAGCAUGAAGGAGGUGUGAUGGUGUUGGGGUGCUUUGCUGGUGAAACUGUCGGUGAUUUAUUUAGAAUUCAAAGCACACUUAACCAGCAUGGCCACCACAGCAUUCUGCAGCAAUACGCCAUCCCAUCUGGUUUGCGCUUAGUGGGACUAUCAUUUGUUUUUCAACAGGACCAAUACCCAACACACCUCCAGGAUGUGUAAGGGCCAUUUGAACAAGAAGGAGAGUGAUGGAUUGCUGCAUCAGAUGACCUGGCCCCCACAAUCACCCGAUCUCAACCCAAUUGAGAUGGUUUGGGAUGAUUUGGACCGCAGAGUGAAGGAAAAGCAGCCAACAAGUGUUCAGCAUAUAUGGGAACUCCUUCAAGAUGGUUGGAAAAGCAUUCCAGGUUUAAGAUGGUUGAGGGAAUGCCAAGAGUGUGCAAACCUGUCAUCAAGGCAAAGGGUGGCUACUUUGAAGAAUCAAAAAUAUGAGAUAUAUUUAGAUUUGUUUAACACUUUUUUUGUUACUGCAUAAUGCCAUGUGUGUUAUUUCAUAGUGUUGAUGUCUUCACUAUUAUUCUACAAUGUAGAAAAUAGUAAAAAUAAAGAAAAACCUUUAAAGGAGUAGGUGUGUCCAAACGUUUGACUGGUACUGUAUAUGAUUAAAUAUGUAAUAUGUUUGUAUAGGCUCCACUAGCCUUCUCCCACUAGUCAAGAGAGUAGUUAAGCAAACAUAUUGUCCCAUAGCAAAUGUUUUAUGUUUACAUUCAAUCACAUUCCCAUUCACAAUUGACUUCAGAUCCCAUGUAAGAUCAUUCCCAUUAAUGCAUCUCUGAUUGUGAGUAAAGGCUUUGUUGACGAGGUUUAGGAUAUUUUGUACAGAUCUAGUACUAUGUAUUAAUGUUUUUGUUACAUUCUAAUAAUGCAUAUAGUGCAGCCAAUAUUUUUGUUUGACAAAAAAAAAUCUAAAAAAUCCAGCAUUACAGUUUAGCCAUUUAGAUUUAUAUAUUUCUGUAAAAAAAAAACUUUAAAAAAACAUAUCUUUAUGUAUGAGGAAAAGUGGUUUACACUGUACCAGAGAAAGUGUAUGUAUCCUGCCCUGUGGAGCAGACAUUGAAAUGUAAUGUUGGGGAAUGGCAGUACUUUUUUAAACACAAUGUGGUGCCAUUGAUCCUACAAGUACAAUACAAAGAAGAAUGCCUUCUGAAAUGCAAGCAUUAUUCUUUGUGCCAUUAAAACACAACUUGUUUGCCUUUCAAAUAAUGUUACUGGGAACAGUAUGUCAUUCUGGUGACCUUUUUUAAAAUCAAUAUAGUGAACACUAUUCGUCAUUUAACAUUGUUGUCCUUUCACAUUCAACUCUAGAAACAUAUGAUUGCUGAUUAGUCAUGUUUUCAAAUUUUCCAUGAAGAGAAAUGCGUAUCUUGCCAUCACCUAUCUUACACAUAUUUGGAGGAUGCCUUCUUUCAAUGACUGAUGCCCUUGACCUGCAUUCAAAGAGAUGCUCACUGUACUCUUUAUCAGUCUAUCUAUACUGUAUGAUUCAUCCCUCCACAAGUCUUACAUUGAGGUUAAACAAAUUGUGAACAUGUAUUUUAUAUUAUUUAAAGCUUUGUAAACCACAAGUUGUGGUGUAGGAUGUGAUGUAUGCUGUGGUCAAUGAAAAUAUCAUGUUCAUUCCUUUUGUUUACCUCUUGACUGUAGUCACUAUCUGUCAUCAAAAUAAACUUUGAAAAUAUCUAUA